AUGGGCUGCCCGGCCCCGUUCCUGGGGCUGCUGCUCCUGCCCGGAGUUUUUCUACUCGAAACAGCUUACAGACUGAUCUUGAGCUCCCAGGAGCGUGGGAUCAGCGAUGCGAUACGGCCCUGGAGGUGCUCCUGGGCUCCUCAGCGGUUGCACAAGCACCUCCAGACAACGGGCCCUGAGAGCUUCCGGGAACAGCCAGCCGCCGAGACCGAGCGCCUAAAGCUGGCACUGGAUGACGGGGACUCGGACGCCAUCCUCUCAGGAAGGCGUUGUGGCCCUGACCACCGCUUCCGUGUCGUUCUAGAGCCACCUGCCAUGGACCCGCCUCCUUCGAGUCGUGGAGCCGACAAUCCUUGGCCCAGCCCGCCAGACGACCCGCCCAGGAUGAGGCUCGCCGACGGCCCCGGGAGGUGCUCAGGGCGCGUGGAGGUGUUCUACCAGGGCGCCUGGGCGUCGGUGUGCGGGGAUGGCUGGGGCCUGCGGGAGGCCCGGGUGGUGUGCCGGCAGCUGGGCUGCGGCCGGGCAGUGUCUGCCCCGCUGGGCGCCCACUUCGGGCCGGGCUUCGGGAAGAUUCUCCUGGACAACGUGCACUGCAGCGGUGAGGAGAGCCACCUGGCCCUGUGCGCCCAUGACGCCUGGUUCACGCACGGCUGUGGCCAUGAGGACGACGCCGGGGCCGUCUGCUCCGGUCCUCCAGUGGCAGAUGCCUUCCUGCCAGGGGAUGGCUUCUCCGAGCCUUCACUGCCCACAGCCCCAGAGGCCCGGACACCUCCACCUGCAGGAGGCUGGGCCCCCAUGAGGCUGGUGGGCAGCCGGGGGAGCUGCGUGGGCCGCGUGGAACUCUUCUACCAGGGCACCUGGGGAACCGUGUGCGACGACCUCUGGGACCUGCCACAAGCCAACGUCGUCUGCAGGCAGCUGGGGUGUGGCCGGGCCGUUUCAGCACCCGGUGAGGCCCACUUCGGUGAAGGUUCUGGCAAGAUCCUGCUGGAUGACGUGCGCUGCAGGGGCGACGAGGGGCGCCUGGAAGAGUGUGCCCACCUCGGCUGGCUCUCCCACAACUGUGGGCAUGGGGAAGACGCGGGUGUGGUCUGCUCAGAUGCUGCUCACACGGCGGGAACACCACCAGGUCGCCCUUCGGCUGCCACGGCAGGGACAGCCACUGCAGAGAAACCUCGGUGCGGUGGCGUCAUCACCAACUCGUCGGGCGCCGUGAGGAACCCGCCACGGAGCGACCUGCACGACAACGUGACCUGCGUGUGGGAGAUCCGGGCCAACGCAUCCGACCACGUGCUGCUGGCCUUCCCCUACCUGAACCUGGACUGCACCAACGAAUACUUUGACAUCCUGGACGGCCCCCCGUCCUCGGCCACGUCCCUGGGGAGGACCUGCUCUGGCUUCUACCUCACCUACGAGUCCUCCUCCAGCUCCAUGACCCUCAAGUACUUCCGAAGCUCCAACAGCAUCGGGAAGGUCUUCAUUGCGUAUUAUUACUCCGCAGCCAAAGAGCUGGUUCCACAAACCCCCCACCUCAUCAGUUUUCCUGUGACCACAGCCGCCCCAGCAGCACCCACGAUGGCGACAGCAAGGCCAGGGGACUGGCCGGAGCUGCGGCUGGCGGGUGGCUCCGGCCCAUGCUCGGGGCGCGUGGAGGUCCUCCGCCAGGGGGCCUGGGGCACCGUGUGCGACGACCUGUGGGACCUGAACGAGGCUGAGGUUGUGUGCCGGCAGUUGGGCUGCGGCAGGGCCAUCGCUGCCCUGGGGAAGGCCCACUUCGGCCCGGGCUCUGGGGAGAUCCUCCUGGACAACGUCCAGUGCUCGGGGGCCGAGCGCCACCUGGGCCAAUGCGUGCACUCGGGCUGGGCGGAGCACAACUGCGGCCACCACGAGGAUGCCGGCGUCACCUGCUCUGAAGGAAGUCGCUCCUGUGGAGGGGUGCUGACCCGGCUCCCCGGCUCGUUUUCCAGCCCCCGGUACCCGGAAAACUACCCAACCGACACCCAGUGCAUCUGGGAGAUCCACGUGGAUAAAAAUUCCCGCAUUAAACUCCUGAUUCCGAGCCUGGACCUGGAAGACAUCCCGGGGUGCCCCUUCGACUCGGUGGAGAUCUUCGAUGGGCCCAGGAUCUCCUCGCUCUCCCUGGGUCGGUUCUGUGCCCGAGGAGCUCUGCUGGUCUUCUCCUCCUCCGACAUCGUGACCGUGGUCUUCCGGAGCGACUUUGUGGUCACCAACUCCGGCUUCUACGCUCUGUUCGACAUGAUUCCGCCGGAUGAGGGCGAGCCAGGUGCAGGGGACUGGGCUCCGGACGGGACUCCCACACCCCCAGGUGGGUCGGGCACCUCCUUGGAAGCGAAUCGUGACUUGGGUCCUGACCUGGACACCGGGUUGGAGGACGCCUUCGGGUGCCCCUACGACUUCAUCGAGGUGUUCGACGGCCGGCAGAGGGCCUCGCUGUCCAUGGGCAGGUUCUGUGCUGGGGCGGCCCUCACCUUCCUCUCCUCCUCCAACGUCCUGACCCUCGUGUUCAGGAGCGACGCGGCCGUCACCCGCGCGGGGUUCUACGCCCUGUACCGCGCUUUUCUUCGGCUCCUGGGGAGCAGCCACGGGGUUCCCACCCACUAG